AUGUGGCUGAAGCUCUGGUCGAUUUCCAGACAUGUCGUCAUUAUUGGACCGGAAAACAGCCGUCCCCCUUCGACAACAGAGCUUCGGAAUCGAGGUACUGCUGUUUUGAAUUCGGUUUCUCCCGAGGUUCGUCUCGAGGACAUCAUUUUCCCGCCCAGUUUCCACUCUCUCGUCGAAUCCACGCAUUUUUUCCCCGCCGAUGCAUCGAGAGCUUCCUUUCUUUUGUCAUAUCUUGAAGAUGAUCCGCCCAACCAGAGGCUAGCCAUCGGCUUCUCUACGACAGACCCGCCGACGCCGGGCUCCUUUGUCGAAAAUCAGACAUUCAGCAAGAUACUGUACGAAGUACUUUCCGAGCACGCUCACAAGGACAAGGACCUCUUGGCACAGGCGCAAGCUUUUGCUGGUCCUGGAGGAGCCACUCUUGGGUCGGGAGGCGCGUUUUUCUCGCAGAAGAACAAGAAUCGUUCAAACAAAGUUGGCGGCGGCGGCGGCGCCGGAGGUGCCAGUGCCCAAGGAGGUGCCGGUGGAGGCGGACAUGGUGGUUAUGUCCAUCUCAGCGACUCGAGGAACCCUCCAGACUUCGGCCGAAUUGCAUGGCCCGAGGAUAUCUUGGGCAGCAUUGAGGUUGAUCAGAGCGGCAACAUCAUCGGGAAGCUCGAGCCUAGCGGGACAUAUCGUAUCAUCACCAAUGAGGGAAUCCUCGGGCUGAGUCCCUUCCUAGCAGAGAAGCUGGUUGAGAGACUCCGUGCCGAAGACAAGAAGGACAAGUCAUAG